AGAGGAGGAGGAACAGGAGGAGGAAGAGGAGGAGCUGAAGAUGGAGGAAGAGGAGGUGUCCUGCUCGUCCCGGAGCAGAGGAGAGGAGCGGCCGCCAUGUUAACCAAGAAGCCCGGAUCCUCGGUCCUCCCGACGGGGAGCCUCUAAAGCCACCAUGUCGGACCCUGUCCAGGUCUCGUCACAGUCGCAGGUCCACAUCAGCCAGCUUUAUGAGGACAACAGCAACAAGCGCUCCGUCCUGACCUCCCAGCCCAACGGCCUGGCUCCCAUCAGCUCCACGCGGCCGGGCCUCCCCCUCCCGGACCGGCAGCCCGCAGCGGUGGACCCGGCCCAGCACGGACGCCAGGGCAGCGCCGCCUCCAACAAGUCGGCCGACAGCAAGCCAAAGCAGACCCCCCUAACCCCCGAGCAGGCCUUGAAGCAGUUCAUGUCCAAAAUGUCCUCCUUCGAGCACCACGAGGUCUUCAGCUACCCUGAAGUGUAUUUCAUCGGACCAAAUGCGAAGAAGAAGACGGGGGUUCUGGGCGGAGCCAACAACGGCGGCUACGACGACGAYCACGGGUCCUACAUCCAGGUUCCGCACGACCAGAUCGCCUACCGAUACGAAGUCCUGAAGGUGAURGGGAAGGGCAGCUUCGGACAGGUGGUGAAGGCCUUCGACCAUAAGACUCAGACCCACCUGGCUCUGAAGAUGGUCCGCAACGAGAAGCGCUUCCACCGGCAGGCGGCGGAGGAGAUCCGCAUCCUGGAGCACCUGAGGAAGCAGGACAAGGACUCCAGCAUGAACGUGAUCCACAUGCUGGAGCACUUCACCUUCAGGAACCACAUCUGCAUGACCUUCGAGCUGCUCAGCAUGAACCUCUACGAGCUCAUCAAGAAGAACAAGUUCCAGGGCUUCAGCCUCCCGCUGGUCAGGAAGUUCGCCCACUCCAUCCUGCAGUGCCUGGACGCUCUGCACAAGAACCGCAUCAUCCACUGCGACCUGAAGCCCGAGAACAUCCUACUGAAGCAGCAGGGGCGCAGCGGCAUCAAGGUCAUAGACUUUGGAUCCAGCUGCUACGAACAUCAGAGGGUUUACACCUACAUCCAGUCCAGGUUCUACCGAGCCCCGGAAGUCAUUCUAGGGUCCAGGUACGGGAUGCCCAUCGACAUGUGGUCCCUGGGCUGCAUCCUGGCGGAGCUGCUGACUGGUUACCCCCUGCUGCCGGGCGAGGACGAGGCCGACCAGCUGGCCUGCAUCAUCGAGCUCCUGGGCAUGCCCAGCCAGAAGCUCCUGGACGCCUCCAAGCGGGCCAAGAACUUCAUGUCGUCCAAAGGUCACCCCCGCUACUGCACCGUGACCACCCUGCCCGACGGCAGCACCGUGCUGAACGGGGGGCGCUCGCGGCGCGGGAAGGCGCGCGGCCCCCCGGCCAGCAAGGACUGGAGCGCGGCGCUGAAGGGCUGCGAGGACGGCCUCUUCCUGGACUUCCUCAAGCACUGCCUGGAGUGGGACCCGGCGGUCCGCAUGACGCCGAGCCAGGCGCUGCGCCACCCGUGGCUGAGGCGGCGGCUGCCCAAACCGCCCACGGGGACGACGGCGGGGGAGAAAACCCCCACCUCCAGGCGGGGCACCGCCACCGACGGCGCCAUCACCUCCAUCUCCAAACUGGCCGCCACCUCCUCCUCCACCUCCUCCUCUUCCAAAACUAGGACUAACCUGGCCGCCAUCACCGACGCCAAUGGGAACAUCCAGACUCGGACGGUUCUCCCCAAGCUGGUGAGCUGAGAGUGAGCGGACCCCCGCUGUACAGCGGGGGGAUAAAAACUUUCUGAACAAGCAGCUGGACGUGAAUAAAACUGGUGUCCAGUUCUGAGGAGCGUCUGUUUCAUUGCACUGCGGCUGUGUCGGAGGAUUACAACAUGCAAACCGUCCGGGCUCCACCGGACGCCGGGCUGAGGAACCCUGAGAAACCAGGGUGCGUUCAGGGGCGCCCCGGAAAAAACAAUUGUCUUUAUAGUUUGAGCCAAACGACAGGAAGUGAAAGCGCGUGGACUGACUGUGGUGCGUUUCAGACAAUCGGAACACGGCACACCCUAUCUGUAGCUUCAAACUCACAAACACACGAGAAACAUGGUGCUAACAGAGGGAACAAGGCUUUUUAAUUAGAUUCACAUGAAUUAAUCCGUUUAUCACCAAAAAUACUCAGUGACUAGUUUUUACUGGGAUURACCCUUUUAAUGCUAAAGCUACAGGAGCGAUUAGCUCGUCGGCUCUUGUUUCAUUUGACUAAAAAACAAUAAUUUGUUGCAUUUUAGUUCAGGGACGUUUACUGAAAUGACUCUUUGAUUUGAACAUCUACCUGUCAGUUGGCUAAACUAACUGACCAGCUACCGUUUCAUAUUGACUAGCCCGUAGUACCAUGCUAGCCCAAGUUAGCACAGUGCCUGUUAGCAGGCUAACUGUUAGCUGGCACAGAUGAGACAGCUAAAUGUUUGUGUUUAGCUGUCGUACUGCUACCUUUUUACAGUUUACCUGGCUAGCAGUUAGCCUAAGGUGUCAGCUAGCUGUAGCUAGCUCACUGUUUGCCUUCUUUGUCAGUCUUGAGGCUAACUUUAGCCUUUUAUUAGCCAUAGCAUGUCAGCUCUCCACUGCCCGGCCUUAUUGUAAAGUGUCAUAAUGACAACUUUUUUUUUUUUACAGUUUAGCUUUUUAACGUGUUUGUCGUCGAGGUUAGCAUUUAGGCUAAACAAGARGUGUCUGUGAAGGACGUCUGUGUUCAUCAGAACCAGUGCUUCCCUCUUUUUCAACCAAAUAUAAAUUUUAAAAGUACAAAAUGACCAAUGAAGGAGUUGUUUAGAGGCAAGUUAUAAAAUGAUGUUGAAAUAUUUUAAACAGCUUGUUUAUUAUUUGAGGGGAGAAGAAAAGAAGUCAUGAAGUAGCAGAUAGGUAAGUAAAAAACUUCAUUAA